AUGACAGGUGAGCAAUCAUGACAGGUGAGCAUAUUCUACAGUAUCUGCUCUGAUAUCCAUUUUUCAGGAUUCAUCUUUUAAAUAUGUGUGACUUAAAAUGACCACUAUGACGUUGUUAGAUAGCAGAUAGUCUUACCAAAGGGAAUUAAUGAUUACAGGAAUAGGAACAUUAGUUAUAUUAAUUAGGUAGGCCAGCUAAAAUAUUUAAAUCUCCACAAAGAACUUUGAAGAAGUAGGACACGGCUAGAGGCUCUUUCCCUGUCUUCAUUCCCUGUCUUCCCCCUCUCUUUCUCUCUCUCUCCCCCUUUCACUCAUCUGAUGUCAGACACCCUCUGCUCUUGGUAGGAGCCGCCAAAGAAAUGUGGAUUCCUUCAGGAGCAGAGGGAGUUUAACUGAGGAUUAGAGAUAACUAAUGGCUGCUUCUAGCCAAGUUGUACAUUGUAUUCCCUUGCCACAUGGCUAAUAGGCUACACAUGGGAUAGAUCAAGCAGGGACAGAGUAGAGAAUUCCUCUUGGAAUGAUUAUGAAGAUUCUGACUGACAUGUUAACUAUUCUCUAUGUGGUCUUAAUUGGCUUCGUGCCAGUCACUAUUUUGAACCUAAACAAAUGUUGACCUCAGUGUUUUACCCUUUCCUUGACACCCAACUGCACUCCUGGUCCCCUUCAGGUUUUCCCCUCCACCCCAGGCAGGCCUGUGCCCGCCAUGAUGAGCAGCUCAUCCAGCCCAGCUGAGUUCUACGGGGACAGCACCUCCCUCCUGUCCAUAGACUCCAGCGUCUUCUACAGCGAGCCCCCUCCUGUCUGUGACGGCCCACUGGACUUCUUCACCAUCAACGUGGGUGGCAGCCGCUACGUUCUCUCCCAGGAGCUGCUGGCAUCCCACCCAGAAACCCGGCUGGGCAAGCUGGCCCUGUCCACACGGGACUCUGCCCUGGAGCUCUGCGACGACGCUGACUUCCUGGAGAACGAGUUCUUCUUCGACCGCAGCUCACAGACCUUCCAGUAUGUGAUAAACUUCUACCGCACAGGCCACCUGCAUGUCAGGGAGGAGCUGUGCGUGCUCUCCUUCCUUCAGGAGAUUGAGUACUGGGGCAUCGAUGAGCUCCGCAUCAAUCCCUGCUGCCGUGACCGCUACUACCGCCGCAAGGAGCUCAAGAAGAGCCUGGAUGUACGGAACGAGGCUGAGGCCGACGAAAGCGAGGACGAAGAGUUCAACGGCGCUGCGUGCCCGGAUCUCCGGCGGUGCCUGUGGGACCUGCUGGAGAAGCCAGAGUCUUCACGAGCGGCACGCACCUUUGGCACGCUGUCCAUCAUCUUCGUGGCGGUGUCCAUUGUCAACAUUGUGCUCAUCUCGCUGGACCUGGGGGAUGUGGGAGGGAACGGGAUCGGUGACGAGAGCGGGGGCGAUGAUGGGGGUACACCUUUCUUCGUGGACGCACUGGAAUAUGUGUGCGUGGUGUGGUUCACCGGCGAGCUGGUGCUGCGCUUCGCCUGCGUGCGCGACAAGUGCCGCUUCACCCGUAGCGUUCCCAAUGUGAUCGACCUGCUAGCCAUCCUACCCUUCUACGUGACGCUGGCAGUGGAGAGUCUGCAUGGUGGCUCCACAGAGCUGGAGAACAUGGGCCGCGUGGUGCAGGUGCUCAGGCUCAUGAGGUCCCUCCGCAUGCUCAAACUGGGACGCCACUCCACAGGUAAUGUAGUCGUCUAUCCAUACAUACAGUAUAAGCAGCCAUUUUAAUCCUGUCAUGAUUCCUAAACCUGAUGCUUCUACCCAUCAGUUGUCAUGCCAAGCUGCAGUAGUCCAGGAUGUCAGAUUGUCCAGGAUCUCAAAGUUGAUUUUGAAGGUAGCAAUCCAGUCGAGAUACAUCAUUAUUUUCAAAUGAUACAGUGAGGGAAAAAAUUAUUUGAUCCCCUGCUAAUUUUGUACGUUUGCCCACUGACAAAGAAAUGAUCAGUCUAUAAUUUUAAUGGUAGGUUUAUUUGAACAGUGAUAGACAGAAUAACAACAAAGAAAUCUAGAAAAACACAUGUCAAAAAUGUUAUAAAUUGAUUUGCAUUUUAAUGAGGGAAAUAAGUAUUUGACCCCUCUGCAAAACAUGACUUAGUACUUGGUGGCAAAACCCUUGUUGGCAAUCACAGAGGUCAGACGUUUCUUGUAGUUGGCCACCAGGUUUGCACACAUCUCAGGAGGGAUUUUGUCCCACUCCUCUUUGCAGAUCUUCUCCAAGUCAUUAAGGUUUCGAGGCUGAUGUUUGGCAACCUUCAGCUCCCUCCACAGAUUUUCUAUGGGAUUAAGGUCUGGAGACUGGCUAGGCCACUCCAGGACCUUAAUGUGCUUCUUCUUGAGCCACUCCUUUGUUGCCUUGGCCGUGUGUUUUGGGUCAUUGUCAUGCUGGAAUACCCAUCCACGACCCAUUUUCAAUGCCCUGGCUGAGGGAAGGAGGUUCUCACCCAAGAUUUGACGGUACAUGGCCCCGUCCAUCGUCCCUUUGAUGUGGUGAAGUUGUCCUGUCCCCUUAGCAGAAAAAGCAUAAUGUUUCCACCUCCAUGUUUGACGGUGGGGAUGGUGUUCUUGGGGUCAUAGGCAGCAUUCCUCCUCCUCCAAACACGGCGAGUUGAGUUGAUGCCAAAGAGCUCCAUUUUGGUCUCAUCUGACCACAACACCCAGUUCUCCUCUGAAUCAUUCAGAUGUUCAUUGGCAAACUUCUGACAGGCAUGUAUAUGUGCUUUCUUGAGCAGGGGGACCUUGCGGGCACUGCAGGAUUUCAGUCCUUCACGGUGUAGUGUGUUACCAAUUGUUUUCUUGGUGACUAUGGUCCCAGCUGCCUUGAGAUCAUUGACAAGAUCCUCCUGUGUUUUUCUGGGCUGAUUCCUCACUGUUCUCAUGAUCAUUGCAACUCCAUGAGGUGAGAUCUUGCAUGGAGCCCCAGGCCGAGGGAGAUUGACAGUUCUUUUGCGUUUCUUCCAUUUGCGAAUAAUCACACCAAAUGUUGUCACCUUCUCACCAAGCUGCUUGGCGAUGGUCUUGUAGCCCAUUCCAGCCUUGUGUAGGUCUACAAUCUUGUCCCUGACAUCCUUGGAGAGCUCUUUGGUCUUGGCCAUGGUGGAGAGUUUGGAAUCUGAUUGAUUGAUUGCUUCUGUGGACAGGUGUCUUUUAUACAGGUAACAAACUGAGAUUAGAAGCACUCCCUUUAAGAGUGUGCUCCUAAUCUCAGCUCAUUACCUGUAUAAAAGACACCUGGGAGCCAGAACUCUUUCUGAUUGAGAGGGGGUCAAAUACUUAUUUCCCUCAUUAAAAUGCAAAUCAAUUUAUAAUAUUUUUGACAUGCGUUUUUCUAGAUUUUGUUGUUGUUGUUCUGUCUCUCACUGUUCAAAUAAACCUACCAUUAAAAUUAUAGACUGAUCAUUUCUUUGUCAGUGGGCAAACGUACAAAAUCAGCAGGGGAUCAAAUACUUUUUUCCCUCACUGUAUAUCACACCUUAUUUUUUCUUCCAGCAACUCAUUAGGUGAUUGUAGAUGUGUGAGAGUAACCAGGAUGUAAAAAGUACAGCAGAGAGUAACCAGGAUGUAAAAAGUACAGCAGAGUAGUCGGACAAGAUGUCUGGUGUUACUUGUAAAACAGUGUGUUGUUGUAGCCUGUAGGCAAAACAUUCUGAAGAAUCUGUUGAAACUAUAAGAAUAGAAAGAUUCAGAACUUUUGUGGAACAUCACAGCACAGUGGAAAAAUAUAUGGCAGCUAGAAAUCAAAACAGGAUGGUCUUCAGAGAUAGAUGGGAGGGGUUGAGGUUAGCUGAAGGCUGGGACAAAAAACAAACAAAAGAUAACUAAUGUAAAAUAUACUGUUGUGAAAUGUAUGUAGUCUGUCUAAGCUGGAAGUAUUGUUGUCCAUUAGUUUACUCCAAUUAGGGGAGGGGUUAGGGGAAUAUAAUAAAGAAGGAAAAUAUAUUUUUUUAAAGUAUCUUUAAAAUAAUAUAUAUAUUUACAAAAAUAUAUAUAUAUGGGGAUUGGAAAUUAUGCAGACAAUUACAUAGAUAGAAGCCACAAUCUAUCUGCAAUAUUAAAGCUGAUCUACCCCCUAAAAAAAUAUCAAGAUAUAAUCUGAAGUUGUAAUCCAAUUCUUAGUUUUUCUGUGAUAAAACUAGCUUCUGACCCAGGAGAGAUUAUACUGUGAAGUCUCUUGGAGUCUGAGAGAUUUUUCAGGGUAAUAGAAAGCCUGGGAGAGAACUAAAUAGCAAAGGUGAGAAAUGGAACCAGUUGGGCUGACAGAUGGGGGCCUGACAGAUGAGUCCAUUUGUGUAUGUCUGUGUACGUUUGCGUGCGUGCGCGUGAAUGGCUUUGUUUUUGGGGAGGAGUGAUCUUGCCAAUAACUGUAACAUUUUGUAAACAAAGAUAUGUUUUCUAUACUGUUUGACCACUAUAGAAAAAACGUUAUACUUAUCUCCUAUUUUAAUAUAAUAUAAUUAUUUCCUCUGCUCCUGAAGCUCUCUGGGCACAGCACUCAGGGUGUGUUCCAAUCUGAUUAGAUAAAGGAAAAACAGAUCAAACAAAAGCAAUAUGAAAACCUGAAGCUCAGAGAGACCGUCAAGCUGGCAUUGUCCUUGAGAGUGUAUUAUUAUUAUUAUUAUUAUUAUUAUUAUUAUUAUUAUUAUUAUUAUUAUGAACCCUCCUUGUUUGUGCUCUUGGAAAGCACCCAUAUAAUCUAAUAAAGGACCCAGCUAGCACAUAACGUUCUGAGAACCAUAUGUUUCUUAGAGCUUGGUGAGAGUGUGGUUGUCCUAUGGUUAUUUUGCAUACAACCUUCCCACAAACUUCUGUGAAUGGUGCAGGAUAGUUGCUUGACUUUGUAACAUUCUCAGCACUUUUAUGAAACUUGACAAAAAAAAGUUAUUUUAUUACUUUAACAAAACAUGUCCUAAAAGUUCAAACAUUUCAUUUACAUUUUGGUAAUGUUCUAGGAACGUUCUCCAACUUGUUUGAAAUUGGGAAUGUUCUCAAAUAGUUCAGAGAACGUUAAGAAACAACAUUAUUCUGUGGGAAUUUCAGUAGUUCAGCAUAACGUUUCCUACAUGUUUCUUCAUGGUUCUAUUUAAAGUCAUGUUCUCAAAUUGUUCCGAGAACGUUAUGAAAACUUUCCAUAAAAACCACAAGAAAACUUUAGUAACGUUCAGAGAACAUUUCAAGAAUGUGAAUGAAAAACAUAUACAUUCUGUUCUCAGCAUCAACAAAACUCACUGUAUCAUCCAUCUUGUUAAGUGUUCCUUUAAAAGGUUUGAAUAGACUAAAAUGAACUGCUUUGUGUGGGUAAAAAAAACAUGGCAUGCUAGCUCCCUCCUGGUGGCACAAUGGACUAAUUCCAUGGAUAGAGAUCAGAUGAACAUAGGUAUGAAUCACACUGAUGCCGUGCCAUAAUAAAAAAAUACAUUUGUUUGCAUGAUUAAUGCCUAAGCAAAUAAAUGUCCAUGUGUCCUAUCUGUGGUUGGAAUUCAAAACAGUUAACCCAAACUAAGCUAGCAGUGUUGUCUUAUUGAAACAUGUUCUCAGAACAUUAUUUAAUUACCUUCAAAUAACCUAUAAUUUCCAUUCUCAGAACGUUAAUAAAAGCUCCCAAGAAAACUUUCAGUGAACCAUAGUAAAACAUUCUCAGAACCUCCCUGCUACCUAAAAAUGUAAGUUCCCAGAACAGGCAACAUUUUCACUUCCGUUCUCAGAACGUUUAUAAAACAUUCAGUUUUACCGGUCAGGAAAUGUAUGGCUUCAUUUGCAGAACCAAUGGGAAACCAAAAUCGUGCGUUCCCACAACUUCCAAAGAACCAAAUGUACUAGCUGGGGAGUCCUUGCCUGCAAAACCAAAUGGGCUCAAAGACAGACAAUAUGAUAUGAGAAUGUAAUAUCAAUAUCAUUUCUAUUCAUCUUUCAGUGGAUUUAUUUUCCAUAGAUCUCAUUUUGAUCCCAUAUAGUUUCACAAUAGUGUUUCAGCACAUCAAAAGAACAUAAAAAGUAUACUUACUUGGCAAACUUCACCCAAUAUAUAUUUUCUACUUGAGGAGUUUGGAGAGCUUACAAGCAAUUUCAUCGCGUGAAUAUUCCUACCACCUGCUCAGUUGUGUAUAUUUCGAGUUUUGCAGUUUUUUUAACUGCCAGCUUGCUGUUACAUUUCCCCCACUAAAUUCUCAGUCAUGAGUUUCACACGUCAUCACUUGUCGUUUUUUACAUGAGCUGUUUGUGGAAUAUAAGUUGGAUAGAUGCACUACAUUAUCUUCAAGUUAGGCAAGUGAAAAGGUAUUAAGACUGACUUACAGUGCCUUGCAAAAGUAUUCAUCCCCCUUGGCGUUUUUCCUAUUUUGUUGCAUUACAACCUGUAAUUUAAAUGGAUUUUUAUUUGGAUUUCAUGUAAUGGACAUACACAAAAUAGUCCAAAUUGGUGAAGUGCAAUGAAAAAAAUAACUUGUUUCAAAAAAUUCAAAAAAAUAAAUAACGGAAAAGUGGUGCGUGCAUAUGUAUUCACCCCCUUUGCUAUGAAGCCCCUAAAAAUGAUCUGGUGCAACCAAUUACCUUCAGAAGUCACAUAAUAAGUUAAAUAAAGUCCACCUGUGUGAAAUCUAAGUGUCAUAUUAUCUCAGUGUAUAUAUACACCUGUUCCGAAAGGCCCCAGAGUCUGCAACACCACUAAGCAAGGGGCACCACCAAGCAAGCGGCACCAUGAAGACCAAGGAGCUCUCCAUACAGGUCAGGGACAAAGUUGUGGAGAAGUACAGAUCAGGGUUGGGUUAUAAAAAAAUAUCUGAAACUUUGAACAUCCCACGGAGCACCAUUAAAUCCAUUAUUAAGAAAUUGAAAGAAUAUGGCACCACAACAAACCUGCCAAGAGAGGGCCACCCACCAAAACUCACAGACCAGGCAAGGAGGGCAUUAAUCAGAGAGGCAACAAAGAGACCAAAGAUAAUCCUGAAGGAGCUGCAAAGCUCCACAGCAGAGAUUGGAGUAUCUGUCCAUAGGACCACUUUAAGCCGUACACUCCACAGAGUUGGGCUUUACGGAAGAGUGGCCAGAAAAAAGCCAUUGCUUAAAGAACAAAAUAAGCAAACACAUUUGGUGUUCGCCAAAAGGCAUGUGGGAGACUCCCCAAACAUAUGGAAGAAGGUACUCUGGUCAGAUGAGACUAAAAUUGAGCUUUCUGGCCAUCAAGGAAAACGCUAUGUCUGGCGCAAACUCACGGACCAGGCAAGGAGGGCAUUAAUCAGAGAGGCAACAGAGAGACCAAAGAUAACCCUGAAGGAGCUGCAAAGCUUUUUGGCCAUCAAGCAAAACGCAAUGUCUGGUGCAAACCCAACACCUCUCAUCACCCCGAGAACACCAUCCCCACAGUGAAGCAUGGUGGUGGCAGCAUCAUGCUGUGGGGAUGUUUUUCAUCGGCAGGGACUGGGAAACUGCUCAGAAUUGAAGGAAUGAUGGAUGGUGCUAAAUACAGGGACAUUCUUGAAGGAAACCUGUUUCAGUCUUCCAGAGAUUUGAGACUGGGACGGAGGUUCCCCUUCCAGCAGGACAAUGACCCUAAGCAUACUGCUAAAGCAACACUCGAGUGGUUUAAGGGGAAACAUGUAAAUGUCUUGGAAUGGCCUAGUCAAAGCCCAGACCUCAAUCCAAAUGAGAAUCUGUGGUAUGACUUAAAGAUUGCUGUACACCAGCGGAACCCAUCCAACUUGAAGGAGCUGGAGCAGUUUUGCCUUGAAGAAUGGGCAAAGAUCCCAGUGGCUAGAUGUGCCAAGCUUAUAGAGACAUACUCCAAUAGACUUGCAGCUGUAAUUGCUGCAAAAGGUGGCUGUACAAAGGGGGGGGGGGGGGGGGGGGUAUAUCAACUGAUACAAACACCCAAAAAUUCCAUUUCAAAUUCCAGGUUGUAAGGCAACUAAAUAGGAAAAAUGCCAAGGGGGGUGAAUACUUUCGCAAGCCACUGUAAGAGUUAAUUAUUAAGGUAAAUUAUUCUACACUUGAAAGUGUGCACCUGCCACACUCUGUAAGAUUUGCAUACCAUCAAAGAGUGUAUACUUUCAGCAUUCUCUUCCAACAGAUGGCGUCAUUCUAACGCAUCAGUGCAGACAGCCGUCAGACUAUCUGACAUUAGACAAUGCACUUUCAGGUGUAUGACCUGAAUAAGUAAUCUGUCAUUUAAUCUCCUGAACUGAUGUAUAAUUGACCCCAGCCCUCUGUAUCCCUGUGUCCCCCAGGCCUCAAAUCCCUGGGUCUGACCAUCACCCAGUGCUACGAGGAGGUGGGUCUCCUGCUCCUCUUCCUCUCCGUGGGCAUCUCCAUCUUCGCCACGGUGGAGUUCGCCCUGGAGCAUGAGAUCCCCGGCACCACCUUCAGAAGCGUGCCCUGUGCCUGGUGGUGGGCCACCACCUCCAUGACCACGGUUGGCUACGGAGACAUCUGCCCCGACACCACCCUGGGCAAAGUUCUGGCCUUUCUCUGCAUCCUGUCUGGCAUCCUCAUCUUGGCACUGCCCAUCGCUAUCAUCAACGACCGCUUCUCUGCCUACUACUUCACCCUCAAGAUGAAGGAGGCGGCGCUGCGGCACGGGGAGGCGCUCAAGAGGCUGGCGCGGGGUUCGCUGGGUGACACGGAGGUGGGUGGGGCAGCAGGGGGAGGAGGGAUGAACCUGAGGGAUGCUUACGCCAGGAGUGUGAUGGAGAUGCUGAGGCUGCAGGGGAGGGAGAGGGCCAGCACACGGAGUAGUGGAGGGGGCGAGCUCUGGUGGUAG